AGGGUGGGCCUCGGGGUAACCUAGCACGUAAUUCAUACAUGUUGAAAACACUACUCGCGGCCUUUAUACAUUUAACAGGGUCGUUAAUAAUCCAAAUCGGUUUAAUGAUGCAACCCUAAAGUGUAGGGUUUUAUGAGCUCUAUUGUAACAAGCCACCGUCGAACUAACAGUAGACGACACGUGUAACGUUACUGUAAUGCGGUUUACAUUAUUUUCUUUACUCCGAAACUUUAACGGGCGCUCAAAUCUGCGGUCAAAACAUGAGCGCGGCGCGUGCUGUGUGUGUGUUGGCAAGGGCGAAAUGGCGUUGUUCUCGUGGGUUCCUUGUUUUGGCUGCGGUGUUUACUCCCGUCGCCCCUGGCAACGUGACUGCCACGUGUGCCCUUACAAGGACUUUCCGCCGGCUUUUCCGAGGAAUUCCGUGGCCACCCCACCGUACGUCACGCCAGCGCGACCAAUGGCGAGCACCGGGGGAAGCCCCCCCUCCUCCCCCCCCCUUUGUUUUGCACCGUGUUGUUGAUGGUCGCCCAGGGUGACGGUGCCCCCGGGUGUCGCGCUGAGACAUUCAUAAUGAGAAAGAAGGGGGUGAAAAAAGGAUUUUAAGCGCUUAGCCAAACAUUGUUCGGGGGUAGCCUACGUUAUUUUUAGUGUGGAAUUCAUACGCUUGAGUAUGUCAAGGCGGGGGUUUGCGCUGUCAGCUUGAGUUUGAAUCGAGUGAAAUAUAUUUAUUUCAUCCCAAUGCGCCCAUUUAUAAUUGUCAAAUUCCAAGGGUUUCCCCUGCUUACACAACCAAUCGGGCGGUUCCCAGUUCCAUUUGUGCAACUUACACGUUCCCGCGACAGGGCCAAGUCUGGCUAUAGAACGACCACUGUUCACUCUCCACAGACGGGUGCUUAUUGUAUCGACUCCGGAUAAAUAAUGAUGUUUGUGGAAAUUACACAUUCCUAUGCCGUGGGUAAGUCUAUUGGACAACCAUAUUUGACCUCAAAAAAGUAUUUAUUAUGUAUCCACCCCAGAGGCAUGGAGAUGGACUGCGUUAACCCCCCAAAUGAUGGCGAGUCGAUAAAUAAAUGUGUAAAGGUGCUCAAUCUAUCAGGAUUAUAAUAUAAUAUUCGGAACUAAUGUCCAUAACCUCUAACCCUAAUACUAAGCUCUCAUCUUUAAUCUCAAACCCUAUCCCUUGACUCUUAUAUCCUAGCUAUGCACCUUAAACCGUAAUCCUAUAUGAAAACUAAUUUUAUUUUCUUCAGCUAAAAUCGAAAGAAUCAACAAUCGUGAAGGACUGAUAAAAACAACUCAGGAAAGAGCUGUGAUUGGACGAAGCUCUUGUCUAUGAGUGGAUGAAAAUCUGGGGGAGCAGCAGCCACUCCCAUAUAAAUAGUGGGGGUGGGGGGGUUAUUGCACUGUCAGCCCGGCGUCCUACGCUUCUUCCCUGUCACGGCUAACAUCAGUGGCGAGUGAUACCUGAAGCAGUCCUGGGCCCACCCUGCAACAACACGCACGGACCAAUGCGGUGAUGUAUGGUUCCCACCUUUGAUCUCUCUGAUGAUGACCUACUGGACUUCCUCCUCACUGCUCCCUCGACCUCGGGAUCCCUGUCCCACCUUCUGGGUCCCACGGUGGAGGAGCAGAUGGGCUUUACGGUGGAGGAGCAGAUGGGCCCCUUGGCGGAACAAGGAUUCUACAUGAGCAACAGCUCGGAGCUUGACACUUCGGUGCUUUAUAGUACGUGCAGCCUGGCUGUAGGCUUUGAUACAGAGACUCUGAUGAAUGCUGGAAAUGAGCUGUUAACCUCCACGGCAGAAUUAAUGGACGACUCCAGGAGAGAAGCAAUGGUUGUCUCCACGACAGAAGUUCCAUACGUCCCCAGGACGGCGCUACUGGAGGUCUCCACCAUGAAUGAACCAUUGUUCCCCAGAACGGAGCAGCCAUUCGUCUCCACAGUGGAGCAUCUCCUGGGACCCAGGAUGGAGCAACCAAUGGUACCCAGGAUGGAACAACAACCGGUCUCUGGAGCAGAACUAUCAUUUGUCCCUCGGGCAGAGCAACCACUGGUCCCCAUUGUUGAGCAAAAGGUACACCCCAGGAUGGAGAAACCUUUAGUUCCUAUGGCAGAGCUACUAGAGGUUCCCACGAUGGAGCUGCCAUCAGUCCCCGGCAAAGAUCCUGCCAGCUCGGCCCAGCACCGCGAGGGAGCAAUGCCAUCACCUCAACAGCCAACCAUUACUGCGGCAACCGGCGGAAACACCUUUACAAAAGCUUCCGGUGUGCAAGGCGUGCGUGCGCGUGGCGGUGCACGCAUCAGGAAGGCCUCGCAUGCGUGCACACACCCGGGGUGCGGGAAGAUUUACACCAAGAGCUCGCACCUCAAGGCGCACGUUCGCACACACACAGGAGAGAAGCCGUACGUGUGCCCAUGGUCUCCAUGCCCGUGGCGUUUCGCACGUUCGGAUGAGCUCACGCGCCAUGUCCGCAAGCACACCGGGGCGCGGCCCUUCUCCUGCCCAGACUGCGACCGGAGAUUUGCUCGCUCCGACCACCUCACCCUGCAUGCCAAGACUCACCUAUGACUCUCACUUGUAUGCCAAGAGCCACCUAUGACUCGCGCCUGCACGCCAAGAGCCACCUAUGACUCGCAUCUGUGUUCCAAGAGCCACUUACGACUCUCACCUGUACGCCAAGAGCCAGCUACGACUCCCCUGUAUGCCAAGAUUUACCCGUAUUCAACUGUGACUCUCACUUUUUGGGUCAAGACUCAACUAUGACUUUCAACCUUUGUCAAGAAUGACUUGUAUGGUCAAUACUCAGAUGUACAAAUCUGACUCCUCUGUUCAGUUAAAACUCACCUGUACAUCAAGAUGUACCUGUCACUCAUCUAUAUCCUGUGACUGUCACCUCUAUGCCAAGACUUGUCUGUCACUUACCUGUUACCUGUAGGUCAAAACCUACCUGUGACUCAAGACUUGCAUGUCUACGAAGACCCUCUUGUCGCUCAUAUGUAUGAUAAAUUCACCAGUAUACUGUUCUAAGACGCACCUGUAAUUCACCUGCUUGGUCCAUAGUUGCCUUUCAAUCACCUGAGUUAGGAGGUAAAAAUGAAUAGGUCAGUGAGGGCUGAGUUGGUGAGCAGUUAGUAGAAUGAGUUACGAACUGGGUUGGUGCGUGAUUGUUUGGGUGGACGAGUAGGUGAGUGGGUGGGUAAAACUUUACUUUUAAAAACCGUAAAAAAAGGUUAGUUUUGCAUCCAAGACAAAAAUAUACCCAAUGUUUAAGUAAAACAUUAACUUUGCCUGACGUGAGCCUCUCCCACUGUUAUCACUGCCUUAUAGCGUAAAUAUAAAGUUAUACUUAGGUAUGAAAUACACUGAUAAUUAAGCUCGAUGGGCUGUCAUGAUUAAAUAUAUUACGUCAAUAUCAAGAGUUAAGAAAUCUUAAGGAGUUCUCUCACCAGGUUAAAUAAAUUGUCAGUCACAAAUUUGUUAUGUCAUUGGGCUUUCACUGGGGUAAAUAAUGGAAAAUGAAGUUAUAUUUAUAGACAUUGAAGUUAUUUAUAAUUGAUAUAUUGGAUGAGCAGGACUUUUCGUAUACAGUAUUUGAUAAGCCGGACUUAGAAUUUAUACAUUGCAUUUAGCAAUGAUGAGAAAUAAGUCAUACGCUAUAUCUAGAAUAUGUAUAUUACAUAUGGGAGACUUUGAAUAUUCAUGGGUGUAUGUGUUAUUUCUACUAUGUUGGAUAAGGAGACCUUGAAUUCAUAUAAUGGUUAAAAUUCGCUAUGCGAUCAUAUAUUGGAUAAGCGAAACCCUUCAUUACUUAAAAUGUAUACUGUGGAUAAGCCGUGCUUUGAAUGUAUACAUUUAAUAUCCUCUUGUUUUCGGUAUAUAUGCAAGUUGUGAAUAUGAGAGACUGGAAAUAAAACGUUCUUUUCAGUAAGC